AUGACAGGGGGAGUCUGUCAAACCCCGCCACUAAAAACAGAUGACCGGGGGAGUCUGUCAAACCCCGCCACCAAAAAAUCUCUGGAGAACACCACCUGUGUGACUCAAGGCUCCAGCCAAACGACAACGGGAUAUGACCAACAGAUGACAGGGGGAGAUCUGUCAAACCCCAGGCCACAAAAACAGCAACACCACCUGGGGGGAGUCUGUCAAACCCCGCCACAAAAACAGAACACCACCUGUGUGACUCAAGGCUCCAGCAAAACGACAACUGACCAACAGAUGACAGGGGGAGUCUGUCAAACCCCGCCACAAAAACAGAACACCACAUGUGUGACUCAAGGCUCCAGCCAAACGACAACUGACCAACAGAUGACAGGGGGAGUCUGUCAAACCCCGCCACAAAAACAGAACACCAUCUGUGUGACUCAAGGCUCCAGCCAAACGACAACUGACCAACAGAUGACAGGGGGAGUCUGUCAAACCCAGCCACAAAAACAGAACACCACCUGUGUGACUCAAGGCUCCAGCCAAACGACAACUGACCAACAGAUGACAGGGGGGAGUCUGUCAAACCCCGCCACAAAAACAGAACACCACCUGUUUGACUCAAGGCUCCAGCCAAACGACAACUGA